AUGGAAAAUUCAUGUAUUCAAUUAAAUGAUUUACCUGAUGAAAUUCUUAUGAUUAUUUUUAAAAAAUUGACUAAUAUGGCAGUACUUUAUUCCUUAAUAGAUGUUAAUAAACGAUUAAAUAAAAUUGUACAUGAUACUGCUUUUACGAAUCGUUUGACUUUGUACGCAUCUACAACAGAUGGUUUUAUUGUUCCAUUACCGGAUUACAUACUUGAUCGAUUUUGUUUACACAUCUUACCUAAAAUUUAUCAUAAAGUCAAAUGCCUUAAUCUUGAACCAGUUUCAAUCAAACGUAUUCUACUUGCUACGAAUUAUCCUAAUUUAACUGGACUUGCUUUAUAUAAUGUUCAAGAUGGAAUAGUGCUGGAUCUUUUGACUGAAUUACAUGUUGGUGUGAAUUAUUUUACCGAUAUCCUUUAUCUAUGGGAUGGACGUUUCAAUCAACUUCAUACACUUUAUGUUAAUGUUUGUCAAAUUCAAUAUCCAAAUCUAAUAAUUGAUAAUACGAAAAAACGACCUAAUUUAAAAUGCUUUUCGCUUUACUGUAUUACAGAAACGUAUGCUUAUGAUGACUUAAUUAUACCACUUUUACAUCGAAUGUCGAAUUUAGAAAAACUUUAUUUGUAUCUUUUUUGUGAAAGGGAAGUUUUUAUUGAUGGUAGUGAGAUGAAGAUAAAUAUUAUUAAUCAUAUGCCACGAUUGAACACAUUAACAUUUAAUAUUCAUUCAUCAAUUUAUUUUAAUAAUCAAAUUAAUUUAAAAUCAAAUGGAGAUAUUCAAAAAACAUUCAAAAAUUUUAAAGAUAAUCAAAUUAUCUCUUGUGUUGAUUAUUUUCCAAAGGCAAAAAAAUGUCAAUGUCAUAUUUAUUCAUAUCCAUAUAAAUUGAAACAUUACUAUAAUAUAACAAAUAAUUUUCCAGGUGAAAUAUUUAAAUAUGUUCGUGAAAUAUCAUUAUUUGAUGAACGUCCGUUUAAACAUGAAUUUUUUCUUCAAAUUUCACAAUCGUUUCCACUCUUGAAAAAAUUAACUGUGAUUAAUGGAAAACAACAAAAUAAUAAACAUUCUAGAGUAUUAAAAAAUGGCAAAGAAAAUUUAUCAAUCAUUAAAUAUCCUCAUCUUACUCAACUUGAUCUUACUCAAGUUCACAAAGAUUAUAUUAGACAAUUCUUAUUAGAUGCGAAAACAUGUUUAUCUAAUAAUGUUUAUCUUCUUAUCGAUUAUAGACUAACGAAAAAAGUAACACGUAAUUUUACAAGAAAUAGAACACGAAGUAAUUGUGCAAAACUCAGUUACGUAUUUUUCUCUAGAAGACUAGAAUUUCCUGAACAUUUAAAAGACUAUUUUCCUUAUGCAGAAAUAUUAUGA